GUCACUCUUGUCUGUAUCGCCAAUAAUCUACCAUUAAACUCACAAUCUUUACGAAGAUGUUCAGACAACUAUCGAUAGCCGCUGUGGCCCUGUCACUGGCAACUUCUCAAGUAUCGGCUAAGCCAAUCCAACGCAGAGCAGCUGGUGAUUCUUCAUUCGACUACAUUGUCGUUGGCUCAGGUCCUGGUGGUGUCACAGUCGCCGACAAGCUCUCAGAAAGCGGCGCAUCAGUACUCCUAGUCGAGCGUGGUCAGGCAACCACUGGUCAGUGGGGCGGCAACAACAAGCCUCAAUGGCUGGACAACACUGGCUUAACAUUCUACGACGUCCCUGCUCUGGAUGACCAGAUCUGGACUAAGGGCGGUGACUUCACAAACGACAUCUUCUGUCCCGACAUUGUCGGUGGAAUCUCAGGAUGUGUUCUUGGAGGUUCGGGUGCUAUCAACUCUGGUCUUUGGUGGAAGCCUACAUCCUGGGACUGGGAUACCAUGUUCCCCGAGAAGUGGAACAGCACCAACAUGGCCAACGUGACCGAGCGCGUUUUCUCGCGUCUGCCAGGCACUGAGGUCCCCUCUCAAGAUGAUAAACUAUACUACCAGCAGGGUGCGGAUAUCAUUGAGGGUGCUCUCGCUGCUGCCAACUGGACUGAGGUCAGCGCCAACAGCGUUCCCGAUCAAAAGGACAGAGUCUACUCCAACACUACCUUCAUGUUCCAGAACGGUGAGCGCAGUGGACCCAUGUCGGUUUACCUCGGAUCGGCUUACCCUCGCCCUAACUUCUCGCUUUACACCAACGCCAUUGUCGAGAGGGUCAUCAGAGAAGGCUCGAAGAUCACCGGAGUUGAAAUCUCCAACACUGCCGAUGAUGGUUUCAGAGGUACCGUCAAGGCAAACAAGGCUGUUGUACUCGCCGCCGGUGCAUUUGGCACUCCCAAGGUCUUGAUGAGAAGUGGUAUUGGCCCAAGAGAUCAGCUUGAGACUGUUCGCAAUGCUGAAGGCUCGAAGAUGGUCAGCGAGGAUCAGUGGAUUGACUUGCCCGUUGGUUACAACCUCAUGGACAACAUCAACACCGACAUUGUCAUCUCUCACCCUGAUGUCGUUUACUACGAUUUCGCUGGUCUUUGGAACAACCCCAACCAAGGUGAUGUUGACGCUUACCUUAAUGGACGCACCGGCAUGCUCGCUCAGUCUGCUUCCAACCUCAACCCCAUGAUCUGGGAAAUGCUGAACGGUACCGAUGGCCUUCAGGGUCUGCAAUGGACUGCCCGCGUCGACACUUCUCUUGACAUCAACAACGAUGCCAAGCACAACAUGGUUCUCGCACAGUACAUCACCCUCGGCCAGGCUGCCCGUGGUAGAACCACCAUCACUUCUGACCUCAAGAUGAACGUCUCAUCUCCUGUAUCCGUCAUGGACCACGAGUCUGACCAGAUCGCCAUUGCUCAGGGUAUCGAUGACAUGAGAAACAUCCUCAAGAACGUCCCUGGUCUUGAGAUCCUUUCUCCUGCUGCUGAUGUUUCUUCCCUCGAUUACGUCAAGUCUACUACUCACUUGUACGUCAACCACUGGUUGGGCAGCUGCAAGAUGGGCAACAACGACGGCACCUCGGUCGUCGAUGCCGACUCCAAGGUCUACGGCACUGACAACUUAUUCAUUGCCGACGGAUCCAUCUUCCCUGGUCAGACCACCUCGAACCCCCAGGCUGCCAUUACCAUUGUUGGUGAGCGCGUUGCUGAGCUUGUUCUUGCUCUCAACUUGUAAGGAGCUAUCGUGACAUGGCAAUACUCUAGAGCCAUAUAAUACUGUACAUAAGACACGAAUGAUGAAACUAAAAGUACUUCUAAACUUUUCUC